AUGACAAUGUAAUGACUACCUUGUCUACUACCUUGACUACCUUGAUAACCGAUUGGUUGAGUGAAAAAAAAAAAGAAAACAACGAAGGUGCGCGCGAAGUCUAAAGCGGCGUGCGCGCAUGCGUGCUCAGGUUCGCCACUCGCUGGGCUGCUACGACGAGAUCCGCGAGGUGGAGGGACGCCAGGUGCGCCACUGCAACUGGGUGCGCUUCGUGCGGCUCGCCAAGCGCAUGUCGGCGCGCGUCAACCUGGUGGCCAGCCGGGCGUCGCCGCAGCUGAGGCAGGCGCCCGUGCUCUACCGCGUGCUGAGGCCCGUGCGGCCGAACACCGAGCUGGUGGCCUUCUUCGACGACGGCGCCCAAGAAGAGGCGCUCGGCGUCGCCGCCACCUCGACGCCCAAGGCGGCCGUCACACUGGAACGCCGCCUCUUUCAGAGGACUCUGCAAGACUUCCCGCUGGACCUGUCCCAGAACCUGCUGUCGCCGUCAACGUCGACUUCGGCGUCAUCAGCGUCCCCCAGUUCGUGUCGCGCGUCGUCGUCGACGUCGUCGUCGUCUUCAGGACUUCUCCGGACGCCCGCCUCCAUCAUCUCGACGUCGACUUGUUCCUCUUCUUCGUCGCCGUCCACCUCGGAGGCCAACAACGAGAACAUUCAGCCGAACCAGGCGAGGAAAAGCAAGGAGAAGAAGCGGCGGCAGAAGUGCAUGCUCAGCUGCGAGUUCUGCACCAAGACCUUCGACCGGCCUUCCCUGCUCAGGCGACACAUGCGCACACACACGGGCGAGAAGCCCCACGCGUGCGACGUGUGCGGCAAGGCGUUCAGCACGUCCAGCUCCCUCAACACGCACCGCCGCAUCCACUCGGGCGAGAAGCCCCACCAGUGCCCCGUGUGCGGCAAGCGGUUCACGGCCUCCUCGAACCUCUACUACCACCGCAUGACGCACUCCAAGGAGAAGCCGCACAAGUGCCCCGUCUGCUCCAAGUCGUUCCCGACCCCGGGCGACCUGAAGACGCACGCGUACGUGCACAGCGGGUCGUGGCCCUUCCGCUGCCACCUCUGCGACCGCGGGUUCAGCAAGCACACGAACCUCAGGAACCACUUGUUCCUGCACACCGUCAGUGAUGGCGACUUGGCGGCGUUGUGUCUUGGAGAGCGUACGGGUAGGGAUGUAGGUGCUAAGGAUGAAGUGGUCACUGCCCAAUGA